GAAAAAAAAAUAGACAAUGGGGAUAGCAAAUUAACUAUGACUGCGAUCAGAUUAUUACACCAAAUGUUUUACCGUUGAAAUUAAAAGCAAUGUAGUUGAACUAUUUUCAUGGUAACCCACGAAGUUUUACACUGGCAAGGAUAGUUUGGGUCACACGCAAUUUUUCAAGGUAAGAAGUAGAUGUGAGAUGCAACACUGCCCAUGCAACUAAUUUAAAUAGGGAUAUUGAUGUUGUAGUUUCAAUGAGCAAGGCAAAAGCCUGAAAUGGACAGUGAUGGUGCAGAGAUGGCAGGAGCAGUGGAAUAGAGAUACUAAGGGUAGACAUGUAUUUAUUUUCGGUACAGAGAAGUCGGGGAGGACGAGAGGAUGUGACAGAAGGGGCUUUUUUUUUUUUUUAUUUUUUACAAGAUUACGGGUGGGACACAACCGGUUAAAUACGACUUUACAUGUGAUAGGAAAGGAUCCAACAGGAAAGUGUGAUUAUUGCCAGAAAGCAGAGACCGUGGCCCAUGUAUAGCUACAGUGUGGGUAAUAUCAGAGGGAAAAAGAGGCUGAGGUCUAAUGAGUGAGAAGAAGACACAGCCAAUUAAAUAGUAUAUUGUAGAACGUAAUUAGAUAUCGUCUCAUGUUAUAUUUUUUUAAGAGCAACUAGACUGGUAUGUAGGAUUUAGCUUCUCCCUGUCUCUGGCCCACACUCCGGUACAGUAUGUGUCGGUAAUGUAAUGUGCACUAUGGCUUACAACCGCCGAUAAACCUUACCUAAGAAGAAGCAAUGGAUGGUUUAGUUAUACAAAUAUUUGGCAACACUGCCAGCAGCAGAGACUGAUCUGCGGUGAACUAGCUAGCUAACGUUACCAUUCUAGCUCAUUUAGGUUAUUUCCAAAAAAACGUAUAUAGUUAUGAAAACCACGUGAUGGCGUUAUUCCAUUGAUCACAUUCGAGACUGUCACCAAAUAAUCAAGUUGUUCAUGUACUUUAGCUUUUGCUGCUUCGAGUAGUCAACGUUACUGUAGCUAGCGAGCCGAGCGGCCUUUGCUUUGGCUUCCACCAAUGUAAACUUCGUUCACCAUGGAGUUGACUUCAGCUAGUCUCUCAAUGUAACGUUGGCUACUUGCCAGUUCCAAAACCUGCACAUCCGUAAUCCUGUUCGGAGUCUUGUUUCGCUCAGCCUGUGCUGCGGGCAGCCGGCUAUGGCACGGUAACUAGCUACGUAGUUAGCAGUCGCACGUGACUAACGUUAGAAUUGUUAGCUACCAGUUCGCUAUGUCUAUUGUUACCUAACUUUUUCCUUAAAACGGCCAACCUGCAUUUUCUAACAAUAACAAAGCGAGGCCCCCCCCUCCCACUGUUUUGGUCAACAGUCAUCACGCUCAAAUUCAUAGACUGAGUUAUGGAUGUUUUAACCUUGUUAUGAGGCUAUGAAGUUUGUUUACAAACAUUGGAGUAAAACAUUCUUGUAUUUUGGGUUCUGAUGGGGGUACGACAGUUAAACUAAGCCAUGAGGCAUUUAUAGCAACAGUUAGCAUUGCAUGCAAGUUACAUAACCUGAUUUUUGUUGUCACCCUUUGUGGCUUCAGUCAGAAUUGGUUCACUGUACUCACGUUUGCUUGCAAUUAAGACCGUUGGCUACACUAGUGUCUGAGAACACUGAAGUCAAGAGGGAACUAAUUUGUAAACAUAUCAGGCAGUUGGAUUAUCCUGCCUAUUGAAGGCAAUUCAUUUUUAGCCGCCCACCCAUAUGUUGUGAGAUGGAGGUGAUGGAGGUGGACUUGCAGCUGGGGGGCCCCAGUAGGGAACCAGAGCCAGAUGUUGUGGCAGACCAGGUAGAUCUCCCUAUCGUCAUCCCUGACUCUGGCAGUGAAACAGAGGACGAGGCCCAUGCAGCUCCCUGUGACCCACCACGGCUCCCAAACACCUGGGCGUUCAGUCAGAACAGAGCCAGAGUGGAGGGGCAAGUUGGGUCCAGGAUCAGAAGGGAGGGUCCUAUUGAGCCCAGGGUCACCACAGCAGCCACCCUGAGGCAUCGGAGAGCCAGGCCAGGCCUCAGGGAGCACUCCUCCACCCAGACCGCUGCUCGUGCUAGCAGCUUCCUGGAUUUCCUACUGCGAGUCCCUGCAGCCAACCAGGCCGAGGGCGACUCUGGGAGUACGACGGAGCUGAGCGAGUCGGAGGAUGAAGCAGAUCCCCCGGGGCCAGCAGCAGAGCCUCCCAACUCGGCCGUUCCCUCCAACCCUCAUCCAAACCUUCCAGUUGCAGUCACGCCACCCGAAGGCCUUUAUUCUUCAGAUUCUAAUGCAACCACAGAGGCUGCGAGGACCGUGACUGGAAAUCAAGUGAAUCCUGAGGUUGUAUCAGACCCACUAGCCUCCAGUGCACCGGCCCUUCGAUUGUCCCAGGGGGAUGAGGGGGAAGGGGAGACCUGCUCCAUCUGCUUUGAGCCCUGGACCACGUCAGGGGAGCAUCGCCUGGCCACCCUGCGCUGCGGACAUCUCUUUGGCUCCACCUGCAUCGCCCGCUGGGUGAAGGGCCAGGGCCAGGGAGCCAGGUGUCCCCAGUGCAACAAGAAGACCAAGCGCACCGAUAUCGUCCUCCUGUACGCACGCAAGCUGAGGGCUCUGGACAACACCGAGCAGGAGAGUAUGAAGAGGUCACUGGAGCAAGAGCAUUCACUGCGUAGAAAGGCUGAACUGGAGUCAGCACAGUGCCGACGACAACUGCAGGUGAUGACAGACGAAUGUGGGGAACUGCACAAGCAGCUACAGGAGCUGAAGACUCUGAUGGCCCAGCCUGGCUGUGGGCCCUCACAGAGCUCAGCGGCAUCUCUCUCUGGACUCUUUCAGAGACAGGACAGCACCCAGGGGGGCCACUAUGUCUUUUCCAAGGCCGUGCUGGUGUCCCAGGUGGGGGGAUGCAGGGUGCUGUCAUACUGUGAACCCCUCAGCUGCCUGCUGGCCUCUCAGCCCUCCCCACACACUAGCCUGGUGCCUGGCUGCGGGGUGAAGAAGGUGAGCACGUUGAAUCUGAAGGCCUGCCAGUACAUUCCCAUCCAUGUCAAACAGAUCAGAGGCCUGGCCUUCAACAGACAGGCCGACAGCCUCCUGCUCUCCGCUGCCCUGGACAACACCAUAAAACUCACCAGUCUAAUGACCAACACAGUGGUGCAGACCUACAAAACAGGCAAACCAGUGUGGAGCUGCUGCUGGUGCCUGGACAACAACAACUAUGUGUACGCUGGUCUCAGUAAUGGCUCCGUGAUGGUGUAUGACACCAGGGACACCAGCACACAUGUCCAGGAGCUACAGCCACUACGUUCCAGGUGUCCUGUGGCAUCCCUGUCCUAUGUGCCUUGCGCCGCCUCCAGCUCGUUCCCAUGUGGUGGCCUGAUCGCAGGCUCUCUGGAUGGGGGCUGCUUCUGGGAGCAAGUAGAUGGGACCACCUACAGACCCCACAUGUUGCCCCUGGAGACAGGAGGCUGCACAGACAUCCAGGUGCAGCCAGAGAGCAGACACUGUUUGGUCACCUACAGACCAGGGCGCUCCAAGCCAUCGCUGCGCUGUGUUCUGAUGGAGCUGAACAGGACCCCCCAGCAGGACGCGGCUCGGGAACCCUCGUGUUCCUGCUACCCAGUCCAGACAUUCAGUGCUGGCUCCUCCUGCAAGCUGCUCACCAAGAAUGCCGUGUUCAGAAGCCCGGCCGGGGAGGGCUCCACUCUGGUGUGUGCCGGGGACGAGGCCACCAACUCCAUCAUGGUGUGGGAUGCAGGGAGUGGAUCCCUGAUUCAGAAGUUGUCUGCUGACCUCCCAGUGUUGGACAUCUGUCCAUUUGAGGUGAACCAGGGCAGUUACCUGGCCUCUCUCACUGAGAAGAUGCUCAAAAUUUACAAGUGGGAAUGAGGAGGAAUUAUGGAGGACACCACCAGCAUAGAACAUGUAUGAGUAGCACGGCUGCUGCACUAUAUAAAUGGCAUCCAUUUAGUACAGCCUUUUCUUACCCAAAGUCACUACAGAUAAACUUUUAUUGGGUUUGCAUAGCAGUAGCGGGACUGGAGAGCCAUCACACUGCUGCAGUGUUAUGAAGGAACUGAUAACUGGAGUGCCUGUACAGAUACACUACUGCCCUAAAUGUUUACAUUAAGAAUCAGAGAACAUCCUAUCAAAAAAAUAUUUAGCUUUCUUGUUUUUUGAUGCAUGUGACGAUCAGUUAGUGUUGUCAGUUAACCAUGCUGUCGACAAAAUUUGAAAUGUGUUCCAUCUCUGGUUUUAGAGACGGAUCCAUGGAUGAAAAUCAGGACAUCGAUGGUUUGUUACAUUUCCUGGAUCCUGAUUGGCACAACUGCUCAGCCAGCUGCAUUAAAAAAAUGUAUUUAAAAAAUCCUUCUGGAUGUGUUUCAUUUUUUAUUUCCUUAUUUUAUUUACAGGGGAAAGUGUGUAUUUUAUAACAAAUGUUUGUAUAAUUUGUAAUGUAAUAAAAUAGAAAUCAUUGGUUAUUUUUCAUCCUG